AUGCACUCUCCCUCGAAUAAGCACCCUCCCUCGAAUAAGCGCCCUUUCUCGAAUAAGCACUCUCCGAAUACGCACCCUCCAUCGAAUAAGCACCCUUUCUCGUAUAAGCGCCUUUCCUCAAAUAAGUACCCUUCCUCAAAUAAACACUCUUCGAAUACGCACCCUCCAUCGAAUAAGCGCCCUUUCUCGUAUAAGCGCCCUCUAUCGAAUAAGCACCCUUCCUCAAAUAAGCACUCUUGGAAUACGCACCCUCCAUCGAAUAAGCGCCCUUUCUCGAAUAAGCGCCCUCCUCAAAUAAGCACCCUUCCUCAAAUAAGCACUCUCCGAAUACGCACCCUCCAUCGAAUAAGCGCCCUUCCUCGUAUAAGCGCCCUCUAUCGAAUAAGCGUUCCCUCUCGGGUCGUUGAAUAUGCACUUCCCUCGAAUAAGCGCUCCCUCGAAUUUGCCAGUCGCCAUAAUAGGAAAAAAAUCUACGUUUUGAAUUUCAAAUAA